GCCAUCGCGAAUGCAACCAUGGGAGCUGUCGGCUGUCACUGUGGACGGAAUGGUCGCCGUGCACAUCUGAGUGCGGCAUUGGGGCGACUCAGCGCAGCAGGAAGAUCUUGGAGAUCGGAGACACGCUCGGCUGCAAUACGGCCCUGGAGGAGGUCAAGGCCUGCGAGGACAGGCAGUGUGAAGGCAUCGACUGCGUGUGGGGCACGUGGGAGGAUUGGAGCGCUUGCACUUGUACCUGCGGCGGUGGCAUCAAGCGCCGGAAUCGUGUAAUCGCAGUUUCUCCACGGAACGGAGGUCGCCUCUGUGCGGCCCACGACAAGUAUGAGGUCUCGCCCUGCAACACGCAGAGCUGUGACGAGUGCAUCGAUGGCCAGUGGAGCAUGUGGGGUCAAUGGGGCCAGUGUUCCAGCCACUGUCUUCCAGCCUACAGGGUGCGGCACCGCAACGUCGAGCAGCACCCCAACAGCUGCGGUAAGCCCGCCACAG